CUGAACUUCUACAUCAGCCUUUGUCAUUGGAUUCUGGGAGCUUGAUCGUCAACCAGAUCGCCCCCGUUUCGAACUUCGAUGCCCCGCACAAGCCCGUCUUAGCGCGCCAAAGACGCACUUCAUUAUGGACCACUCAGACAAAUCACGACAUCGUCACAAACCCAUAUCCAAGGGCAGAAGGGAGCGCGACGUCUUGCAGUACUGUGCAGCGUUUCGUGGCAUCCACUGUUUGGACAAGUUAGGCCCUACCUUCCCGCCCCCCGAACAUGUCCCUCGCCUAUCUUCGGACGCGACUCUCACGGCCUUGGCUCAAUUGACGGCCAUUCGUCUUGGAGCUGAGCGGGCCAUGAUCUCCUUAAUUGAUGAUAAAUGGCAGUACAUACUGGCUGAAGCUGUUCCCACUAUAUCUCUACGUCCUGAGACACCUGGCGACGCGUCAAGCAUGCUAUGGUUCGGUAACACAAGGAUUUCUCGGACGGCAGGGAUCUGCGAGCGGUGUUUAAACAUUGAUCUGGCAGCAGGUGAUGAUGUAGCCGUCAUCGUCAAAGAUGUUGCUUUAGGUGAUCAACAAUUCUUCUAUGCCGGAGCACCUUUGCGGAGUCCUUCUGGUGCAGUCGUGGGUACCGUUUGUAUCUUUGACGACGGGACCAGAGACGGCCUUCGACAAGAGGAUCUUGGUAUUCUGCAGGGCCUGGCUGCGACGAUCAUCGAGUACCUACACACAUACACGGUCAAGGAUCAGUACAGGCGUGGCGAACAACUCACGCGUGGUCUUGUAUCUUUUGCCGAAGGAGCAUCAGCUUUGCUGCCGUUUGAAGAUCUAAAGCGCGAUGAUCAAGAAGACUGGCCAGCCGACAUAUCCUCUGAGACUGAGGCGAGCACUGAGACGGGAACGAAAAUGGGGACGAAUAUGACUCGCUCGGAAAAAUCGACACAGGACGGUCGAAUACAUCCGCCACAGUUGUCGCCGUCGGCGGGAACAACUAAGACCGUAUCCAAACGAAACAGUUCACUCGUUAAUCUUCAGGAGAACAUUUUGCCUAGCAAUGCCAAAUCUAUGUUUGUGCGUGCAGCAAACGUACUUGUGGCUUCUAGUAGUUUGGACGGGGUCAUGAUUCUUGAUGCUUCUGUCGCAGCAGCUGGACGUCGUCAACGAACAAACACCACUGAGCGUCGCCCUGAGUCCGGGGUAUCUGGUAUGGAGAGUGCGGAAGACUCGGCUAAUUCCGAAAUUUCUCCUGGUGAAGAAAGCAGUUCUAUACGUGCUCUCGACACACAAACACCAACAUCAGCCUCCAAAACAUGUCAGAUACUUGGGUAUGCAACUUCAGACGGAUCCGAUACACUUUGGCCGGGGGUCGGUCCGGAUCCUGGACGAUUACUCGAAAGUGAUCUGUCGCGGCUGUUGCAGGAAUUUCCAGACGGCAAGAUUUUCGAUUUCACUGCAGGAGGAGUAUACGUGUCUGCGACAGACGAUUCGUCCUCAGCAAAUUCGCCAGGUGCCGGCGUCGAUGUAGAGCGUUCUGGUUCAGAUGGGCAAUCAAAAAAGAAGAGCCCUGGCAGUCGAAGACAAAGGUGCUCAAAAGCGAUCGAAGAGAUGUUUCCUGGCGUGCGAAGUGUUGCUUUUGUACCCUUCUGGGAUUAUGAACGUUCAAGAUGGUUUGCAGGCUGUCUGUGCUGGAGUCGCAGUGAGGAUCGACUGCUGUCAGCGUCUGUGGAUCUUCCUUAUUUCAAAAUCUUUAGUCAUUCAAUCAUGCGUGAGCUUUCAAGGCUGGACGCUAUGGCGUUAAACCAGGCAAAGACCACGUUUGUCGCUUCUAUCUCGCACGAAUUGCGUUCGCCAUUACAUGGGAUACUUGGCACCCUGGAAUUCAUUAAGGAUACUCAACUUGACUCUUUCCAAACGAGCAUGCUCAAUUCCUUGAAUGCGUGCGGCCAGACUCUCCUUGAUACUAUAAACCAUGUCAUGGACUACGCAAAGAUCAGCGAAGCAAAAAGACAAGUUUCUUCUAGGAGACUGAUGAACUCAAAUACAAUACGCUUAUCUUCGAAACCUUUGAAGGGCCGACGAUCAAAGGACGCCGCAUUCGAUCUUGGAAUUGCCACGGAAGAGGUAGUGGAAGCCGUGUUCUCAGCAUCAUCAUACGUCUUCGUAUCCAGUACACAGGAUUUAGCUGCAUCGCCAAGGGAAAGUUCAUCCGACAAUGGUAGAACUACGUUCCACGAUUCGACCCCGAAACGUAAACCCACCUUCAUCGUACUCGAUAUAGCAUAUGAAGAAGACUGGUUGUACUGCUUUCCAGUGGGUUCGUGGAAGAGAAUUGUAAUGAACAUUUUUGGCAACGCAGUCAAAUACACUGAAUCUGGAUAUAUUCACGUCUCUUUGCAUGCUAGCGAUCCGGUCAAAGGCACGGGUUCUGCUAAAUCAGUGACAUUAACGGUCACUGAUUCUGGUUCUGGUAUGAGUUCUCCGUUCCUCGCAAAUAAAGCCUUCCAGCCAUUUUCCCAGGAGAAUCCACAUGUCAGUGGAACUGGACUUGGGCUCAGUAUUGUCCGCCAGAUUCUCGAAACGAAUGGCGGAAAGGUCGAGAUUAGUAGCGAUCCUGCUAUUGGUACUAAGCUCACCGUGAAGCUAGCCUUGGCCAGACCAGAUGUGGUACAAACGUGUCUACAUCAACGUGCUGAGUAUCUGGACUGGCUUCCGCGCCUGCAAGGUCGGCGAAUAUAUGUUCUUCACAAGAAACUUCAUGUGUCAUCCAACGAACCCGACUUAGCACAUCCUACCGAAGGAUUCAAACGAUUUACCAGCACUUUAGUCACGACUUUAGCUAACCACCUGAAGAUGGACGUUGUUCAAACGACAGAUUGGAACGAGCGUGACGCUGAAAUCGUUGUCUGUCCAGAACCAUCGUUCGAUUAUCUCGCCACCAUUCGGCGAAAUAGAAGGGCGAACCAGCGAGCCCCAAUGACAAUCUUUGUUGCAAUGGAUGCACUCGAGGCGGCUACACUGCGCUCUGACGUGCGUAUAACCAACAGAGAAAGUGUGGUUGAGAUCAUGACGCAACCUUGUGGGCCAUACAAAUUGGCAUACAUUCUCAAAAGAUGUCUCGAUCGUUUUGAACACCCUGGGGAAAAUCUCCCACACAUAAGCUCACCUGCUACAUUUCCUCAACUUGAUACAUUUAUCGGUAAAGAGGCCCUGCAUUAUAUGACCGUGUUGAGUCCUCCACCUAUCAUCAAGCCCUCUGACGCUGCGUCUUCUGCAGCGGGAUCUGCUACCCUCGAUCACGCGAUCUCGUUACCCCUCCCAGAGAAGUCAGGCGAAUCGCAAAUUCUGGUCGUUGACGAUAAUGCGAUCAAUCGGAAACUCCUUGGGGCCUUCAUGAAGAAGCGAAAACUAGAACAUGUGGAAUCCGAGAACGGGCUUGAAGCACUACGCACAUAUCGAGAAAGCACGCAAAGAUUCGAUAUUAUUCUAAUGGACAUGUCUAUGCCAGUCAUGGAUGGUAUGACGGCGACACGUUCUAUCCGCCAACACGAGCAGGACUACAACAUCGAUCGCUGCUGUAUCAUUGCCUUGACGGGCCUUGCAUCAGCAAGCGCAAAACUGGAGGCCUGGAGCUCUGGGAUUGACUAUUUCAUGACAAAGCCGGUCAACUUCAAAGAGCUGGAUGAGCUUCUCAAGAGGGAGAAAAGGAGACAAGGGAAGAAGGCCUUGUCCAAGGACGAACAAAUCAGCGAUGCUGACAACGAGGACGAACCUACAGCCUAUACUUGAUAAACAUGGAUGGCAGUUGGGACUGUACCGAAAGAUGACAUUACGACUUGAUGUCAGUGCGAAACGUGGGCAUUGCGUACCCACGUUAGAAUAAGUAUGGGUCGGAGAUUGUUGUAAACGCAACAAAGAUCCCCGGAAGAGGCUUCUCGUAGUUCAUAAUUAGUGUGCCGUGCUGCACAAUUGUAGGGUAUAUCUAAGCAGAGAUAUCUGAGGAGAGUUGAGAAGUAUACACAAGAGAAGUAAUGCAGCAGGCCCUGCAAUCACAAUGCAUAAUCAUUACACAUAUGUCGG